AACUAACUUAAAAGUUAAUAAUUAUUUGCCUAUAUAUUACCUUGAUCUGAUUAAUAUUUUUAAUUUAAUAUUAUAACCUUUUUUUCUCUUUAUGUUAACAUGUACAACUCGUUAAGUAAAGACCAAAGAGAAUGUAGAUGCUCAACAUGCUCUACUACUGAGCUAGGAUACUUAGUAGUGCAUAGGCAUACUGCUCGUGCUCACAAGCAAAUUGAUGAGCAAUCCAUUGUUGUAGAAGAAGAAGAAAUAUUUUAUGAUGCUAAUAAUGAGCAGGUUGAUCUUACUGCUGAUAGCAUUAACAGCCAUAAUAAUAUCGAUGAUUUUGAUUACAUGGCUGAUGAACAGAUUUUAGAAGAUAAUGAUAAUACUACUCAACAUGAACAAUUUUUGAACAUCAGUUCAAAUGAAGUUUUGCCCUACUUUGUAAUGAUAUUUCUUGUAUUCUUCAAAUUGGAAUCUAUCUGUUUCUUCCUCUGAACUUUUCUUAAAGUUUAUGAAUGCCGUUUUUGCUUUGCUUGGGUACAAUUAUACAUUUCCUACAAAGCUAUCUACAAUUAAAGCCAAAAUAAAUGCUAACUUCGCAAUUAAAGGUAUAGUAUUAAUAUCUAUUUUUAGUUUCUCCUAAUAUUGACUGUUACAUAUUUUUUAUUAUCAAUUUUAUAC